UCGACUACUUGUUCGUUUAUUCAUCUAAUUAAUGGCUAGUUUCUAGCUCUUAUUCUCAUUGUACCAUGGGAACCAUAAUACCAAGACCUAUUGUUUUCAUGACCCUUGUUUUCAUUGGUUUAGUUUUAUCUCCUGGAAUCCAAGAAGGCGUUGCUGCUCGUUCCAAUGUGUACAGAGAAGUACUUGUGAGGAGACCUAUAUGUCCUGCUUGUGUGUGUUGCCAACCUCCACCACCAGGAUCUUGUUGCAGAUGCUGCCCUUCUCCUAUCAAUUCUCAGUCAAACAAUGGUUCGCCAUAAUUGACAUGCUUUGAUGCACAAGAUUGAUCCAGAAUUAAGACUUGAGUUCAAUUUUUAAGUUUCUUUAGAAUAUACUCAUAGUACUUUUGAAAUAACUCGUUCCCAUGUACACUUUGCUGCACUGAGCUUUGGUAAAGAGUAAUCAAAAAUUUUCUAUGUAUUGGCAUGAUCAAUA